AAAGACGUUAAGUACCUUAUCAUUAAUGAGAAGUCUAUAGUUUCUCUUAUCGGUCUAGCCUACGUUAAUAAGCGCCUUCGCAAGGCCAUUCCUAAUAUAGCUAAUGAAUGGUUCGGUAGACUUAGUGUGCUUCUAUGCGGAGACUUCUUCUAG